CAGAUCUUUUGUUUUUUUGGAGGGGUGACAACACCGCUUGCGCGCAACGGAGAGUCGGCGCAAAGUUUCCUCGAUGGCGCUGGUGAUGGAGCCGGUGAGCAAAUGGAGCACGAGCCAGGUGGUGGACUGGAUGAAAGGUCUGGACGACUGCUUGCAGCAAUACGUGUGUGUGUUUGAGCGCGGAGGUGUGUGCGGCGAGAGGCUGCUGAGGAUUAGCCACGCCGAGCUGGAGGAGCUGGGAGUUUCUCGCAUCGGGCACCAGGAGCUCAUUCUGGAGGCUGUGGACUUGCUCUGUGCUCUGAACUCAGGUCUGGAGACGGAGAGCGUCCGGACUCUGGCGCACAAACUCGGCGCCUCGGCCAAGAACCUGCAGAACUUCAUUUCCGGCCGGCGCCGCAGCAGCCAGUCAGAGAGCAGGUCCUCGCGGCGGCUCCCCAAUGACCUGCUGACCUCCGUGGUCGACCUCAUCACAGCCGCCAAGAGCCUGCUCGCCUGGCUGGACAGGUCUCCCUUUGCUGCAGUGGCAGACUACUCAGUAACCCGAAAUAAUGUCAUUCAGCUCUGCCUGGAGCUCACCACCAUUGUACAGCAGGACUGUACGGUGUUUGAGACGGAGAACAAAAUCCUUCAUGUGUGCAAAACUCUGUCGGAGGUGUGUGAGCACAUUGUUUGUGUGUCAUCGGACCCGCUGGUAUCUCAGUCGGCCCACCUCGAGCUGGUUCACCUCACCAACAUCAAACCCUCUGAAGGCCUGGGAAUGUACAUCAAGUCGACCUACGACGGCCUACAUGUGAUCACUGGAACAACUGAAGGGUCUCCAGCUGACCGCUGUAAGAAGAUCCAUGCAGGAGAUGAAGUCAUUCAAGUCAAUCACCAGACUGUGGUGGGCUGGCAGUUACGUAACCUGGUCGGCUCGCUGAGGGCCGAUAAAGGUGUCGUGUCCCUGACCCUGAAGAAGCGUCCCCAGAGCACGCUCAGCUCCGCCCCCGCUCUGCUGAAGAACAUGCGCUGGAAACCCCUCGCUCUGCAGCCAACCAGAAGUCCUGGCAGCGGCUCGGCCACACCCUCAGGCACACCCACCAAGAACUCCGCCCUCCAGGACCUCCACAUCCCCCCUCCACCUGCUGAGCCAUACACACCCAGGGAUGAGACAGGAGCCUUGUCUGGAGAUGAGGCAUCACGUAACCACGGUGGCGUCAGCGUCGCUAAGCGCUCUGAGUCACCAAACUCCUUCCUGGAUCAAGAGUCUCACCGGCGAGAAGAGGACGAGUCCGUGUACUGCACCACGCCGACAUAUGGCAGGCUGAGGCCCAUCUCCAUGCCUGUGGAGUGUAACUGGGUGGGCGACUAUGAAGACCCAGCCAAGCUUAACAGAGAAAGCCGCAGAGAAGCAUCACUGAUGCGUUACGUGGGACUGUCCACCAUUGACGACCGGACCGGCCCUGACGACUACUCCUCCCACACAGCUCGCCCGGGCAAACGGUCCAAUGACACGGCCAAACGCGCCAAGAGGCGGAGCCACCACAGCCAAAGCCCCUCCCACUAUGUCCUCCAGACGAGUCAGAGAGAUUCUCCGCCGAGAGAUCCCGCCUCCAUUUAUCAUACAUACCAACAGUCCUCCUCUCUGCAGUCAAAGACCAGGAAGAAGAAUCGAGGACGGAGUUUGGCCUCCCUGAGUCGGAGGCGUGUUUCCUGCAAGGCGUUGGGCAGAGGAGACUGCGAGGGCUGGCUGUGGAGAAAGAGAGAUGCGAAGGGUUACUUUUCUCAGAAGUGGAAGAAAUACUGGUUCGUUCUGAAGGACAACUGCCUGUACUGGUACAUCAACGAGGAGGAUGAGAAGGCGGAAGGAUUCGUCAGUCUUCCAGAGUUUAAGAUCGACCGGGCCAGUGAAUGUCGCAAGAAGUAUGCUUUCAAAGCGUGUCACCCCAAGGUCAAGAGUUUCUACUUCGCGGCAGAUGGAGUGGAUGACAUGAACAGAUGGCUGAGUCGUCUCAACAUGGCCGCCGUGGGCUACGCCGAGCGAGAGAGGAUACGCCAAGAGCAGGAUUACUGGAGUGAGAGUGAGCAUGAGGAUGACACGACCUCCAGCCCCAAACAGGACAGUCCCCCACCUCCAUACGAUACCUACCCACGGCCUCCAUCAAUGAGUGCCUACAUGGAGGGCCGGACCACUCGUCUGUCCUCUACGGAGACAUCUCGCUCUCGCUCAUCCCAGGAGGACUUCCUCUGUGGCGACCCCCCUAUGGUGGCCGCGGAGCCGCAGUACCACCCCGGUCCUCUAGGGGGAGGCACCACGCACAGCGGGAGGAAGCCAGGGGGCAGCAGCAGCAGUGACGUGCAGUACAGAUGUGAUCCUGUGGAGUACCGCUCCAGUCCUGCGGGGGGCAGUAGUGAGACGGGGUCUCCUGGACGCUCUUCCUCGUCGCAGAGACGCUCCUGGCAGGACCUGAUCGAGACACCGCUGACCGAGGCCGGACUGCACUACCUUCAAACCGGACCACUCGAGGACGCCGUCUUCGCCGAGCCCGGUCCAGGCGGCGGUACCAUGAUGGCCGGUGCCGUCUACACUCUUCCUGCUCAGAGGAAUGUCCCGUUGCCCAUGGCGAUGCAGAGGCUGAUUCCUAUGGCAACCCAGGGAGGGAAACCCCGCAGCUUCACACUGCCACGAGACAGCAACCUACACACACUCCUCACGCCCCCUGCGAAAGAAGAACAGCAAACACGCAACGGUGGCAGCGAGGGUGCGUCUCUGGGCGACCUGUUCCGGGCCUGCGAGCAGGGCGGGGUGUGUCCUCUCGGCCGCGGGUCGGAGGGCAAAGAUCAGUCCGAGUUCAGGCAGUCCUUCCUGCGACGGGCCGCCGACCCUCAGCUCAACGACCGCCUGCACCGCCUCCGCAUACUGACGUCCACGCUGAAGGACAGGGAGGGGGAGCUAGCGCUGAUUGACAGGCUGUUGGCCAAUCCCCAGCUGUCGUCGGCAGACUUCCAGGAGUGGAAAAGAGCCUAUCAGGAGCUGUUCUCUCAGGAGCCAGACUCGACCUCUGAACCCGACCCCGGCCCGCCCCCCCUCACCCCCUCGCUCUCUCACACACACUCCUACAUCGAGACCCACGUCUGACGAAAACACACUCUCAAUCGCUCACUCAGUCACUCACUCACUCACACACACGCUUAAGUUGCUCUCCUGGUUCUAGGAAAGAGUCGGUUGCGAUCAGUGAUGGACGACUUGACUCCUCAUCCCGAUAACGCUUUCAGCAGCCGCUGUGUACAAGUGCAACGUGACAGCUUUCUGAGGAGAUGCCCGCUGUGGCUAUCAUGUCACAUCGAUCUACGAGCCGAUUGGUUAUGCCACUCCAGCGGGCUCGGGGGCGGACGAUGCUCCGAUUCUUAAGUAUUACAUGUCAGCUUUUGUGCUCUUUGAUACGCCACAAAACCUCCGUCGGACAUCAGCGUGCUCCCUCCGUCACAUGGACAGAGGUCUCAGAAUAGUAUCUUCAUUAACAGCAUCUCAUCCUGCUUGUUGUGCCAUGUUUAUACUGACUGCACAGUGUCUCAUAGACAGCCUAAUAGCCAACAUAUUGUAUCCUAUCAAGCCUUAUACUUGAUGUCUAUGAUGAUAUUUUCUGUACAGUUGGUGUUACAGCAGAGAACAAUUAGCACAAGUCUUUUUUUUUUUUUUUUUUUUUUUUUUAAACACAACUAGUCUCAGUUUCUAUCUAGUUUUAGAGACUUUUGUUCGUGCUGGUUUGGUAGAAUUACGUACUGUGCUGGGCUGGACCUGAAGCAUGCACACACCUGGAAUACAGGACCGGUUUAAAGGAAAAGUCCACCCUAAAAAAAAGACUUUAACACUGUUUUCAAACAGCUAUAGCGAGCCCAGGUUGUGGUAUUUUUUUUGUUAUAUUUGCACAAAACUGAGUUUCUCUGUCAUGUCCUUACUUCAUUUUCACCAGGAGACAACAUCCGUACUACUGUCGGACUCUUGUCUCGCAGUUUAAACGCCAUUAAAUGCACCAAAGAAUACUGAAAAUAAAUGUAGGCAUUGACAAAAUGUGGCAUUAAUACAUAUGUCUGUUUUUUAAUAUGCCUCUGUAUCUGUUUACCUUUUUUUCAUUCCCCCUAUUUAUUUAAUUUGUUUUACAAUUUAUUAAUUUGUAUCUAUUUGCAUAUGUAUUUACAUAUUUACUCACAUGUGACAUCGAAAAAAAUACAAAACUAACUAGAAAUGAAUACAUAAGUAAAUGAAUCGAUAGAUGUAUGAAUAAAAUGGGGCAAUAAAUAGAUUCAAAGGCAAAUACAGAAUCAAAUCAAAACAGAAUUAUCACAUAAUGUCACGUUUUAUAAAUUAAUGUAUGCCUACAUUUACUAUUAUCAUAAUUUUUUGUGCUUUUAACAGCUUGUCAUUUAUUUAUGGAGCAAUUCAUUCAUUUAUUUAUUUAUUUAUUCUUAAUUUUUGGCACUCACGGCCCUCCAUACUUCUGUUUCUUCACCUGUUUUCCAUUUUCCCCCCCUUUGACUUUUACUCGCAGUCACCUGGUCGCCAUGGCAACUACAGUAAAGGUUGUUCUGGUCCUCAUAGAGAGAGAGAGAGAGAGAGAGAGAGAGAGAGAGAGAGAGAGGCUCCACACAACAACUCUCCCCGAACGUCCUUGAUUGAUUACCUUUUAUGAAAACGGUGUUAAAAGUUUUCUCGGGGUGGAUUCUUCCCUCGGAGGCUCUCUGUAUCCUGCAUGCCACAUAGAGAAUAUGAGGAAAUAUUUACAUAAGAUUUGAAAUAUGGAUCUAAUAAAGAUAUAUUAGUUUGUUAUUUGUACGCUGCUGGCAAAUGACUUAAUACUCAGAGACACACUGCACAAAUCUAUGAAAGCAAUCGUACACACAGAUACAGACACACACACACGCACACACGACCAAUAAACACCGAACAGCAAACACAGUUUUUGGAUGCUCUUUCUAUGCUGCCGCCCGUGGUUGGUUGUAGUAGCAUGUCUUUGUUGUAGAUAAACACAAUAUUCCUUUUUUCUGUUUUUGUGUUUGAAAAUCUUUAGAUACAGUAGAUCUCUCUUUACAGAGUGCAUACUAAGUGUCUCGGAUAAUGUUCUCUAAUUCUAUCAGGUUUUUUCCCUUUUUUUUUUGGAGUAAAGAUUGUUUAAUGUUCGAUCUAUAAAUUAUGGUUAUUAACAAAAAUGACGGUAUUUAUUUUACGUGAUCAUUCUGUGUGUUCUGUUUUCGGAAGACAGAGGGGGUUGGAUCAAUAAAGUGUGGUCAUUUGGA